AUGGCGGCGCCCAGUGGGCCGGAGGAGGCGGCGGCCCCUGGGAGGAGGCAGCCGUUCGGGAGCCGCUUCCUGACCGACCCGAGCCGACUCUUCCAGCACAACGCCUGGGAUAAUGUAGAAUGGUCUGAAGAGCAGGAAGCCAGUGCAAGGAACAAAGUUCAAGAGAACAGCAGGCAGCUUGUUCCACAAGACAAACAAGAUGAAUAUGAGCUCAAUGCUAAUGAAUACUGGAAUGAUUUCUAUAAAAUCCAUGAAAAUGGCUUCUUCAAGGACAGACACUGGCUGUUCACUGAAUUUCCUGAACUGGCACCAAACCAGAACCUAAGUCAACCUGAGGCUUCUGCAUACAAAGAUGGUAGCACUAGAAAACCCAUAAACACCGGGCUGGGGAGCUGUGAAAAUGGUCUUUGUUCAUUGGAAACCAGAACACAAGAGCAUCAUCAAUUGGACUUGAUGAAAGACCGUAAUAAUAUUAUCAACAGACUCGACGCAGAUGGAGAAGCAAUACUGAAGUUGGGUGACCUGAAACUAAGUGAUGGUGACUUCCCAGGAUCCUCUGCCACUUACCGUAUACUAGAGGUUGGCUGUGGUGCUGGAAAUACGGUCUUCCCAAUCUUGCAAACCAACAAUGAUCCGGGACUCUUCGUUUAUUGCUGUGAUUUUUCCAGCACAGCUGUGGAUCUGGUCCAGACCAAUGCAGAGUAUGACUCUUCUCGCUGUUUUGCCUUCGUUCAUGACCUGUGCAAGGACCAAAGCCCAUACCCAAUGCCAGAGGAGAGUCUUGACAUCGUUAUUCUCAUCUUUGUCCUAUCAGCUCUUCUCCCAGAAAAGAUGCAGCGUGUCAUGAACAGACUGAGCCGGCUUCUGAAACCAGGAGGAAUGAUUCUGUUACGAGAUUAUGGUCGUUAUGACCUGGCGCAGCUUCGGUUUAAGAAAGGUCGGUGUCUGUCCGAUAACUUCUAUGUGAGAGGCGAUGGGACCAGAGUUUACUUCUUUACACAAGAUGAAUUGGAUGCUCUUUUCACCACGGCCGGGUUGGAAAAAGUCCAGAAUCUGGUCGAUCGGCGCCUGCAGGUGAACCGAGGGAAACAAGUGACGAUGCAUCGAGUGUGGAUCCAGUGUAAAUACCGCAAGCCCUUCCCUGCAGGACAUAAGGAGAAUGGGCACAUUCAUUAGCAAGGCGUGUCUAUCACGUGCUGUAUUUGGACUUGCUGGGACUCUCCUCCUGUGCAGCGUGUGGCACUGAGCAGACUUGUCAUAUCAUGCUGAAUUCUGACGCCUCCUGCAAUGACCGGACUAGUCGUAAGUUCACCUGCUUUGUGUGCAAGCUGGAGCUAUGCUGAGGACAACUCCACGACAAUACCUAGUUACUAGUCUUUCUCUUUAAAAUUAAGGG